GUAGUAAGCAAUGAUGUCACAAGUGACAUCUUGCUUACUACUUUGCAUGUGAUCACUGAUUGGCCUUUAUGGAGUCACAAAAGGUGAGGAGUACAAAGAAAAAUGCAUGGUGCUUACAGUGAAGCAUGGCGGUGGCAGUGUACUUCUGUGGGGCUACAUGAGUGCUGCUGGUGUCAGGGAGCUGCAUUGCAUUGAUAGUAUCAUGAAUUCACAGAUGUACUGCUCUAUAUUGAAAGAGAAGUUUUCCAACAUGACAAUCCAAUCCAAAACACACAUCUAAGGCACAUCUAAGGCCACUGUUGCAUUUCUGA